UCACCACGAGGGCAAAGUGAAUCAAAAGGGUACAGUUACACAACUUAUUCAUGUUAAACUUAUCUCGGGACCAGUAGACAGAGCACUUUGUAUUGUUGUGGUAUUUGUAGUAAACAGUGUACAUCAAAGUAUCAGCUCAAAAUUCAUACGAGAUCUCACACUGGAAUGAAGGGGAACACUCUCAAUGGGAGUGGCAAAAUAUCAAGUACCAAUGUACCUACAGAAAACCACACGAAAACACAUUCUGCUGUUAAAACUUGUGUGUGUGAUAUAUGUGGUAAAACGUGUAGUAAUAGAUACAACUUAAAGAUACACAUGCAUAUACAUACUGGUGAAAAACCUCAUAUUAAAUGUAAUGUUUGUGAUAAAACAUUUACUCAGAGUCUUAAGUUAGAGAAACACAUGAGAAUACACACUGGUGAAAAACCCUAUAAAUGUGAUAAAUGUGGUACAAGAUUUAACGAGAAAGGCAGCUUGCGGAGACACACGAGAAAUCGUAUUUGUGAUAAAUUUUAUAAAUGUGAUGUAUGCGAUAAAGGAUUUAGUGAAAGUUACAACUUGCAUGUGCAUAGAAAAACGCAUAUAUUAGAUACACAUUAUAAAUGUAACGAUUGCGGAGAAGAAAUGAGUCAAUACAGUGACUUAAUGAUGCAUAUUAAAAAAAUACAUACUGAGGAGACACCCUUUAAAUGUGAUAUAUGUGGUAAAGGGUUUAUCCAGAGUAAAAACCUAAAACGUCACUGUAAGAAAAUACAUACGGCUGAUAAUGUUGACAAACUUUAUAAAUGUGAUAUAUGUGGUAAAGAAAUAAAACAGUUACAGAAGCACAUGAGAAUACACACUGGUGAGAAACCUUUUAAAUGUGAUGUAUGUGGUAAAUGUUGUAGUACUAAAUCGUCCCUGAAAGAACAUUUGAAAACCCACACAAAUGAAAAACCUUAUGAAUGUGUUGUCUGUGGUAAAGAAAGUCGAAAAAGGUAUGACUCAGAGGUCCACAUGAGAGUUCAUACUGGUGAAACGCCUUAUAAGUGUGAUUCUUGUGUAUAA